ACAGUGGCCGCCAAUUAUAUACUCACACCUGCAGGCAUGGCCACGAGUACGGCGAAGUAUUCAUUGGCAGGCGAACUUUUCGCACUAAUGCGUUUGGGCAAGGAUAUAUCGGAGGAUACCUCGCCUGGCAGAUUGAUUCUCUCCAAUUGUAGCAGUGUGUACAUUUCAGCACCCGACGAAGGUUCAAGCAAGUCUUUAACCGAGUCACGAAAUGUAUAUGAGGCCCUCAUCGAGGACAAGGGCAAGAAUGUUAUCUAUCUAAAAUUGUCCUCGAAGUGUGUCGAGGCAAUGGCACUCCAAGCUGACACAGAGCUGGAAGUGGACAUACAAUUCCAACUUAAUCGUAUGCCAUAUUGCGAGUGGCAUAAUGCAGUGGAUAAAAUAACCGAUUUCCGACUCAUAUUUCCAGCGACUGAACUGGAGCCGAAUAUCCCAUGGACACCCAAGAAACAAUGGUCGGACACGUGUGAACCCAAAUUGAAUGCAAAGCAAAAAGAAGCCGUAAAUGCUAUUACCACAGCUUUGAGUAUUAGGUUGCCACCCAUAUUGCUAAUUGGGCCAUUUGGAACGGGCAAAACCUACACAUUGGCCCAAGCCAUCAAACAGUUGCUGGCCCAGCCUGAAGCAAAAAUUCUUAUUUGCACUCACUCCAAUUCGGCAGCCGAUCUUUAUAUUAAGGAGUAUCUGCAUCCGUGGAUUGAAGAGGGGUUAGAAGAGGCCACUCCGCUAAGGGUGUACUACCACAAACGUUGGUCAGCCACUGUAAACAGUGUGGUCCAGAAAUACUGCAUAACCGAUGGCGUUGGCAAUUUUCGUCGUCCCACUGUCGAGGACAUCAUGCGUCAUCGCAUUAUAGUCGUCACACUCAGUAUCAGCAUGGAAUUAGCCACUCUGGGUCUACCCAAGGGUCUGUUCACUCAUAUUUUCUUAGACGAAGCCGCCCAGGCCAUGGAGUGUGAGGCAAUUAUGCCUCUGGCCUUGGCCAAUGAUUCUACUCGAAUAGUUUUGGCCGGUGAUCAUAUGCAAAUGAGCCCUGAACUGUUCUCCGCCUUUGCCAAGGAAAGAAAGUUGCACAUUUCUCUUCUGGAGCGACUCUAUGACCAUUAUCCUUCUAAUUUUCCUUGCAAGAUUCUGCUUUGUGAGAAUUAUCGCGCCCACGAAGCUAUUAUAAAGUUCACUUCCGAACUCUUCUAUGAACAAAAACUGGUUGCAUCGGGAAAACAGCCAAGGCACGAAAGAUUCUAUCCGUUAACGUUCUUUACCACACGUGGUGAGGAUGUUCAGGACAAAAACUCCACAGCUUUUUAUAAUAAUGCUGAAGUUUACGAAGUGGUGGAAAGAGUCUCAGAGUUGAGAAAGCGUUGGCCCAGUGCUUGGGGCAAAUUAAAUGACACCAGUAUUGGUAUAAUGACUCCCUAUGCGGAUCAAGUGUUUCGCAUACGUUCCGAAUUAAGGAAGCGGCGUAUGGGCGGUAUUUCCGUGGAGCGCGUCCUAAAUGUUCAAGGCAAACAGUUCCGGGCAGUAUUUCUGUCAACGGUUAGGACACGACGUACUUGCUUGCCCCAAGGUAGUGGCCCCGGAUCUGCUUUAGCCGCCAGCAUUGGUGACGCGGACACAGAUUAUGGAUUUUUGAGUAACUCGAAACUUUUAAACACGGCUAUUACACGUGCCCAAUCACUGGUAGCUGUAGUUGGUGAUCCCGUUGCCCUGUGUUCAAUCGGACGCUGCCGCAAGGUCUGGGAGCGUUUUAUAGAGAUUUGUGAUGAGCAUAAGUCGCUAUUUGGUCUCACAUGGUCGAAUUUGCGAAGCCAAUUAGAUGGUGUGGAGCUAAAACGGGGUUAUGUUCUCAAUCCGUUGGCUCCUGAAUUUGUUCCCAGAUCGCUUCAACCAGAGGCGUAUUUAAGGGAGCAAGCAGCCCUUUAUUUGAAUGCCCCACAACAUGGACAUGGUCAUGGUCCCCCCGGUCCUCCUCCUCAUUUUGCCACGGCCAAUGGAAUGUUGGGGCCAGGUCCUCCGGCUUCACAUCAAAUGAAUCAAAUGGCCGCCAUGGCCGCGGCCAAUCAUAUGUAUACCACUCACAUGGCAGCCAUCAUGGCUGCAGCUGCUGCAGGAGGGAAGGCAGCCAAUGGUCCUCCGGGACCACCGCCGCCCCACUACAGUGGUCACUUGGGCAUGCGGGGACCACUGCAAAAUGGACCACCUCAACCACCACAUCUGAGAGGACUACCACCAGGUGGCGGUCCCCCACCGCCUCCACCCCAAAACCAGAGUGGAGUAGGUCCGCCUCCACCGUCCUACGGCCAGUAUGCGGCUAUGCAACAUUGGAGGCCACCACAGCAGGGCCAAGGACAGGGCCAGCAGCAACCGCCUAAUCCAAAUGCCAGCUUGUGGGGCCCUCCGCCCCAGACAAAUCCGUGGAGUGUUUUACCUCCCAACAAACAACAACCAACAGUACCGCCAGUUACCAAUCCAGGCAGAGGCCCGGGAUCCGGUCUACCGCCUCCACCUAAUUCUAAUCCAGCCCUACCUCUAAGGGGAGGCAGUGUACCACCACCACCUGCCUCGACAGCUGCCCAACUCUUGCGUAAUCCCAGCGAAUUGGGUUUUCUGGCCAAGAAAACCUUGUAUAAUCAUGGCCAACCUCAGCCGCCACCGCAUCAUCUUUAUGGACAAGCUCUCCCACCUAUGAGCAUGCAGAGGAGCGGCAGUGUACCGAAUGGACCAAUGAGUCCCAUGGAGAAUGGCCCGCCUCCCCCAUAUUUGAGGCACAAUGGAGUAAGUGGCUAUAACAACUAUGACAAGGGCGUGUCUCAACAGCCGCCGCAACAACAGCCGCCGCAGCAACAGCCGCCACUGUCGGUUCCCCCCUACAUGUAUCCAGCCGGCAAGCAAUCCUCUCCUUCCUCCAUGAGAUUUCCUCCAGCUCAUGAGCUACUCCCACCCAAUGUGACCAUAUAUGAGAUGGCUUUUAACCCCAAGGAAGAGCAGUAUAAGUGGUACUUAAAGCUAACAGAAACAAUGGGCCAAGAGGCGGCCAGCAAGUUCGCCGAUAUGCUGCGUCAGGUAAUGGCCAGCUUGCAGCAGCAGGGGCAAGGACAACCUCCACAACCACACAAGCCAUCCCAACAGAUACCAUCUAUAUUGAUGGCCCCACUACAAGCCCAGACGCAGCGUCUACCCCAAUAUCCCAUGAUGUAUCCCAAUCAGCAGCCGCCACAGCCACCAUCGGUAGACUCUUCACCUCCAUUGGACAACUUUAAUCAGCAAAUUGAUUUGGUCUUCAACUCUAUUAUGAAUGGGGCGAAUGACAUAGCCCAGCCCAUACUGAGGGAUGUCCUCGGGAUGGUGGCCAAUACGGGAAAUCCUGGUGGCGGUGUCGCAGGCGUGGGUCCCUCGCUAACCAAUGGCCUUAACGGUGCCGGCUUGGCCGAGCAGCAACAGCAGAGUCGCCUCUUUGCAAUUAUGCAGAGCCAGCAGCAGCAGCAAGUCAAACCACUUCAACCUGGACCAAAUGCAGCUGUUAACCAGCAUCAACCGCUUUAUAAUCAAAUGACUGGACCAGGACCGGGCCCUCCACAAGGUGGUGUACACUCAACCAUAAAUAAUGGUGGCGGUGCCGGUGUCGGAAAUGGAGCCAACUAUUUGAUAAAUGCUGGUAAUGCUUUGUUGAAUGACAAACCGUAUCCGAACAUGGGUAUGCAUAAUAAUAUUUGCGCCAAUAGCAACAUGGGGAACAACCACAACGGCCUUUUGAGCAAUGGUAGCUCCGUGCCACUCUAUCGCCGCCAGGGUCUGACUGGUAAUGGCAACGUCAAUAAUUACAACAAUAUGCCCGGUCUGGAAACCGGUACCAACCUCAUAGAGGCCUUAUUCCAUGCCAACAAUGCCGUAGUCGAUCACUCUAACAAGGGGGAUCAUGUUCAUAACCUAUUGUACAACAAUUUCAACGCCCUAAAAGGCGGACACGAAAUGGAUUUGUUUCACAAUUCUACAGGCAACGAGGCCAGCAAUAUUCAUUCGCAUCAUUCGCUGCUUCAGCAACAGCAUCAUCAACAACAACAGCAGCAACAUCAACACCACCAACAGCAGCAGCAUCAACAAAUACAACAACAGCUGCCAUCAUCAUCGGCUACCACAUAUGCGGCUGUAUUGAGUCAGGGUCAACCACAGCAGCAGACGCAGCCUCAACAGCCUUCAGUCUCGUCGGGGUCAGCAGCAAAAUCCUCCCAAGCAGCCAACGAGCUGCUCGAUAAGGAUCCAUUUGCAGCCAUACGAGAACUGGGACAAGCCACCUCGGGAUACUAUAAUUACUUUCAGUGAAAUGUGGGCGACGCUUUCAAAUUUGUGGAGGCUACAUUAUUGAAUCCUUCUGCUGUGGCAUUACAGGGCCUCUUAAUUUAAUUGCAAGACAAGCAAGCAAAAAAAAAAGCGAUGGAAAACUUUUAAUAAAGAAAUUUUAAAAAA